AGACAGUUUACCAGCUAAUCUUUGCCAAAACUUCGUAUCUUGAAAGACAAAUCGGUAUAUAAAAUUGUUCUUUUUCUUUUGACGAGAAGUGUUUCAAGUGUCUAAAAAAAUAGGAAAAGAAUAGGAAUCUUGUUUUAAUCACAGGUGCUUCAGAAACCACGCGAGAUCUUUCGACCGGCAGCGAGUCGGCGCCAUAAUCGAAAUCGUCACGUGACAUCCCAGAAUUAUAAAAGCAACCGUCGAUAUUCAAUCUGCCUCUUUUCCCAUACCGUAAUCGUAGUGGUGAAAAGGUAUACAAUCUGAAAAAUUUUCCGACACUUAAGUAAUUUAAACUCACGUGUGUGACACUAAGGAACCAUAGAAUUCGGAAGAAAAUCAACGUAUUCAGAAGACAAGAUGCCUGACACUGUUACGAACGGAUACACGAACGGCCACAUGCCUUACGACAUGGAAGAUGGAUCUAAUUUUCUUUUCACAUCUGAAUCGGUAGGAGAGGGCCAUCCAGAUAAAAUGUGUGACCAAAUAAGUGACGCUGUUCUAGACGCUCAUUUGCAACAAGAUCCAGACGCCAAAGUUGCCUGUGAAACUGUUACCAAAACUGGCAUGAUUCUACUCUGCGGUGAAAUUACAUCAAAAGCUAACGUAGAUUAUCAAAAAGUUGUAAGAGAAACAGUUAAACAUAUUGGAUAUGAUGACUCUUCAAAAGGCUUAGACUACCGUACAUUGAACCUGUUGGUAGCCCUCGAGGAACAGUCGCCGAAUAUCGCUCAGGGAGUUCACGUAGAUAGGGAUGAUACGGACGUGGGUGCGGGCGACCAGGGUCUUAUGUUUGGCUACGCCACUGACGAAACAGAAGAAUGCAUGCCUUUGACAGUCGUUUUAGCCCACAAACUAAAUGAAAAAAUUGCAGAAUUAAGACGUGCCGGUGAAUUUUGGUGGGCCAGGCCGGAUUCUAAGACUCAAGUUACUUGCGAAUACACUUUCAACCAUGGCGCUUGCGUUCCCCAACGAGUACACACAAUCGUCGUAUCGCUACAACACAGUGAGAAGAUCAAUUUAGAUGAGCUCAGAGACGCUAUCAAAACCAAAGUUAUCAAAGAAGUUAUUCCAGCUAAAUAUUUAGACGACCAAACUAUCGUGCACAUCAAUCCAUGCGGAUUAUUCAUUAUUGGAGGACCACAAAGUGAUGCAGGUUUGACAGGGAGAAAAAUUAUUGUCGAUACUUAUGGCGGCUGGGGAGCCCAUGGAGGUGGCGCUUUUUCAGGAAAAGAUUUUACCAAAGUGGACAGAUCCGCUGCUUACGCCGCUCGUUGGGUGGCCAAAUCCCUUGUAAAAGCCGGAGUGUGCCGCCGCUGCCUCGUACAAGUCUCCUACGCCAUCGGCUUGGCCGAACCCCUUUCAAUUUCAGUAUUCGAUUAUGGAACUUCAAAGCUUAAUCAAAAACAACUUUUGGAAAUCGUUCACAAUAACUUCGACUUAAGACCAGGAAAAAUUGUCAAGGAGCUGAACCUCCGUCAUCCCAUCUACCAAAAAACCAGCACUUACGGCCACUUCGGACGUUCCGGCUUCACCUGGGAAACCCCCAAGCCCCUCAAGCUAGGCAACCUGGCCAAUCUAAUUUAAUAAACCAUUACCCACAUUAAGAAUCCAUUAAAUUUAGGAGCUUUUAACUAUGGAAACAUAGCAAUAGAAUAGAUGUGUAGUGAUAAAUGUUACAUAACUUAUGUAUCAUUUUUUCUGUGAUGGUCCAGAAAUUAAGUAUUUUUCGUAAUAUGGAUAAAUCACCAAGAAAAAAUCGGAGAAAAACUUUAGAAAAGUAGUUCCGUGAAAGCUCGACGUUUUUUUCGUGGCUGAACCACAGCUAUGUCGGUGGGAAUUUUUGUGUGAUCAAGAAUGUUGUUUCCCGUUAAGAUCGAAAUCAAAAAGAGUAACAAUACAUCACAUAUUCUGUCGGGAUUUAUAGGACUUAAUAUCUGCUAUUUGUUACUUUUGUCAACAUCAAAGCGAAUGAGAACAAAACGACUAAAAAACUCGCCGAUGCAUAGUUGUAAUCAACCGAUCCAACGCCGUUUUUAUUUUAGUAGCAUACCUUUACCUACCCUUAUAUAAAUAUCCGUGUUUUUUUCGUAGUUUAAAAUAAAAACGGAGUAGUUGAUCGGUAAGAUUAUGUUGUGCCGAUGACCAACAAAAUUACGGGAAAAGAGCGUGUCGUUUACACACCGGGUUCUGCCGGAAAAAGACGAGCUUUCCCGAGGUUCGAUUGGUUUUCCAACGUUGACAUUCCGACCGCUUUAUCUUUAAAAGAAAAGAAAAAUAUAUAUACAACUGUCUCGAAAUGUAUUUCAAAAUCAUAUUAUGAAAAAAGCAGUUAUAAUAAACAGGGUACAUUUUCUGAUAUAAUUUUAGAGAUAAAUGCGUUUGCAGUGUACCGUUGUAUUGUAUAUUAGGUUUAAUUAAUUAUUUAUUAGAUUACUUUUUAAUAUAAGAGCAUUUAAGUUGAUGCCAUAAUCUGUAAACUGGUGACCGUGUUAUUUUUUAAUAAGUGAAAAAGCAAGUUAUCGUUUGACAAAAUCAAAUAAAACAUGUUUUUAAUGACAUAAGGGAUCAAAUGUUUUCUUUGUUUAUUAUUAAUUAUAGCACAUUCUAUUUGUGUUCUGAAAAAAGGGCAUUUUUAUGACGAAAAUUGAGCAUGAUUUUUAUAGAUGACAAAAUUUAUUUAUUUAUGUUUGUAAAUCUAAUAAAUUUUAGGCCUUUAUGUCUAAACUUUUUUUUAUAUUCUUUGUUUUUUACUGAAAUGACAUGUAUUUUCUCUCCCAUUGUAAUAAAUUUUCUUCUAAAG